UAGAAAACUGCGGCUCAACUAAGCUCCGUCGUCAUCAUCGUGUGGCGGUAGAUCCAUAUGUCGAAGGGAACGCUCAUCCUGGGACGCGACAAAUAGGCAGCGCAUGGCCGUGCUCGAGGGAGAGAAGCAGGGGGAAUCCCGGUGUAUAAUGGUGGGUCUUCAGAUGAACGCCAAGGGCAAGGAAUUGCUCGACUGGGCAAUCCACAAAGUCGCCGAGCAAGGAGACCGUGUCAUGGCCGUCCAUGUCUGCCGUGAUUCAGAUCUGAAGAAAACGACCACACUGUCUUUGGCAAGCACGUUAGAUGACCAUCUGGCAUCCUAUCAAGGCAUUUGCAGUCUCAAGCAGGUUGUUCUUGCGGGACGGAUCGCUCGGGGAAGUUCUAUUAGGAGAGCGCUGGUGAAGGAGGCCAAGCAAUGUGCAGCCAUCAAAGUGGUGGUUGGAAUGAAGAAGAAGAGCUCAUUUUUUCGCUCAGCUCCACUCGCCAAGUAUUGUGCUAAGAAUCUCCCUCCGACCACUGCCUUGAUCGCCGUUCGAAAAGGAAAUGUCGUCUUCGAAAGAGGAGCUGCCGAGCCAUCUCCAGAAUUACAACGCCGUCAAAGUCUACGGAAUCUUCUGUAUCCAUCUGAAGCACUCGCGAUACGGAAGCAUGAGGAGAAGACUGUUGUAGAGGCCUCGAGAUCAUCUGACAGCAACCAUGUCAAAGGGGAAAUGGUGGAAGCGGUUCUGAGCUCUGUUACGGUGCUGAUGAGACAGCUGCCGGAGCCGGUGUUCGAGUGUCCUCUGCUGAAGAAGAAAGCAGCACUAAGAAGCAUCGAGGUGAAGCGGGCCAACCGUGCUUGGAGACUGUCGCUUGUCCGGCGGGUGAUGAACUUACCGGCUCGAACUCUGUCGUCGGCUCAACCAUUGUUGCCGCUAAUCGAGAAGUUGAACACGGUUCUCAGUGGCAGCAACUCGAGCUGCAGAUGGUUUCAGUAUGAGGAGCUCCAGAGUUCAACGAAUCGGUUCUCUUCAGAGAAUUUGAUUGGGAAUGGAGGAAGCAGCCGAGUGUACAGAGGCCGGCUUGGGAAUGGACAGCAGGUUGCUAUAAAGUUGUCAAAGCUAUCCGCAGAAGCAUCAAAAGAUUUCCUUUCGGAGGUCGAUAUCAUCACCAAGCUGAGGCACCUGCGCGUGGUUCCAUUACUGGGCAUCUGCGUUGGGGAGCACGCUCUCAUUUCUGUGUACAGAUACUUCCCCAAUGGAAGCUUGGAGCAAAAUCUACACGGUGACAAGGUGAAGCAUCUGCUCCCGUGGGACAUGAGAUUUAGAGUGGCGACGGAGAUUGCUGAGGCUCUCAGCUACCUUCACCAUGGCUGUCGUCGACCAGUGAUCCACAGAGACGUCAAGUCUUCCAACAUUCUUCUCAAUGACGAAUUUGAGCCUCAGUUAUCGGAUUUUGGGUUAGCUAUGUGGGCGCCGACAGCCGCGACCAACCUGACACAAAGUGAUGUUGUUGGGACCUUUGGAUACCUUGCACCCGAGUACCUCAUGUAUGGGAAGGUCAGCAACAAGAAUGACGUCUAUGCCUUCGGCGUGGUUCUAUUGGAGCUGUUAACAGGAAGAAAGCCGAUAGAUGAUGGGAAUCCUAAAGGCGAAGAAAGUUUGGUGAUGUGGGCGACGCGAAUUCUGGAGAGAGGGGAGCUCAUAGAUCUGCUGGAUCCCAAUCUCGGUACGAAUCAUGAUAAAGGUGAGAUGAGCAGAAUGAUAUUAGCUGCAUCUCUUUGUAUCACGAGGGUACCUCGUAUCCGACCUCAAAUCGACAAGAUUUGCAGCCUGUUGAAAGGGGAAGAGGACAUGGAGACAUGGAUAAGCAGCCAAGCGGAUGGGAUGUCGGAGGUGGUAGAUUGUCCAGACGACGAAGCCUAUCCGACUCCGAGCCUCGCAUUGCUUGACGUGGACGACGAUGCAUCCGUCGCCAGCGUCGAGCAGAGUCACUGUGGUUCCUGGGAGGCGUACCUGCGAAGUCGAUGGAGCCGUUCUUCGAGCUUUAAUUAGUUGCUAUAUACAAACAUAAA